AUGCUUUUCUCCUUUACACUACACUCUUCUCUUUAUCUUUAUCUCUUUCUGCCUUUCUCUUUUUUUCAUCCCUACAUUUUUUUCUCUAUUCAUUUUUCUCCUUGCUUCCCUCUUUAUCUCUCUCUCUCUCUCUCUCUCUCUCUCUCUCUCUCUCUCUGUCUUUCCUCUCAUUUCUCACAAGCUUUCCUCUUUACUUUUUCUAUCUCCUAUCCUUUGUUUUCCAUCAAUCUCUCUCUCUCUCUUUCUGUCUCUCUCUCUCUCUCUUUCUCUCUCUCUUUCUAUCUAUCUGUGAAUAUCGCUCCCUUGUAUUGUCAAAUUCCUUGGGCUUAUCAAUCGUGGUCUCUCUUUACUCUCUUUCUCAACCUUUCUAUCUUUCUCUCUAUUUUCUCUCAGCCCCUCUCUCAGUUAAUGUCCAUUGGGCUUAUCAGCCGUAGCUCCUCUUUACUCUCUUUCUCAACCUGUAUUUCUUUCUCUCUAUUUUCUCUCUGUCUCUCUCUCCCCCUCUCAGUGAAUUUUCAUGUAUUGAUUUUUCUCUUUCUCUCUGACACUCACUUAGUCUUUCUACCACUUAUAUUUCAGCGGGCUUAUCAUUUGUGGCCCUUCUCUACUCUCUUUCUCAACUUUUCUAAAAAAAAAAGUCUCUUUUUCUUUGUCCUCUCAAGCCUCUCCCUUUCUUUCAAAAAAAAUAUUUCUCCUAACAUCUCUCGGUUCUCAUAUAUCUUAUCAUUUUGGCCUCCUCUUUCAAACUCUCUUUUUAUGCGGGCUUAUCAUUUGUGGCCCUUCUCUACUCUCUUUUCUAUUCUCUCUAUUUCUCUCAGUCCUUUCUCUCGCCCUCUCAGCAGCCUCUCUCUCUCUCUCUCUCUCUCUCUAUCUCUUUUCCCUUCUCUCUUUCUAAAUCUGCUUCUUUCUUUCCUGGCAUCUAUUUUAUCUCACCCGCUCCCUCAGUGUCCUGUCACUUCCCGUGAUUUCCUUUAUCCUUUUUUUGUCUUUACAGAUUUCACCUUUUUCUGUUCUCAUCCUUUUUAUUUUAUUUUCCUUUUUACUAACCUGUUAACUCUUGGGAUAUCUUUCUUGUCACUUCUCUUUUGA